AUGGCAGCUGCCGAUGUUCGCGACAUGCUGGAUUUGCCCGCCGAUGGGCAGCAGCCCAGACCACACAAAAAGCAAAAAGUUGUCGAGAAAAGACCAGAGGGCAUCACCCGUGAACUUUUUGCCUUGUUGGGUGAAAAGGCGCCUCCAAUCUCUCUCACCGAGAACAAGUACAAACUGAAAAAGUCCAAUCGAAGAGCGCUUCCAUGGCAAUUGUCCGAAUUCAAAAACGACGCGCGACAAGAUGGGCUGGUUCUCAAGCAUUGGCAGAGACGGACGGAUACUACGAAUAAGCCGCCACCGCCGGCAGACGCUGCAGCAAUGGAUAUUGAUGAACAGACCAAGGACGAAACACAGCAGCCGGCUGAGCAGCCUUAUAUGUUUUCCAAAUACAACAUUAAGCCCCAGCUUCCCAAGAGAUAUACCGACGAACAAUACAACCGGCACCUGCAAAACGACGACUGGACGCGUGAAGAAACAGACUAUCUGAUGGACUUGGUCGAAGAAUACGAUCUCAGAUGGGUGAUAAUUGCAGACCGAUACGACUACCAAGCCAAACUCGACGGUGGCAACGAAGCAAGCUCGACAGCACUGGUCCCCGCGAAUCGCACGCGAACAAUGGAGCAGAUCAAAUCUCGCUUUUAUACUGCCACGGCGACCAUGCUCGCUCUCGAGCACCCGCCGUCGGAAAUGUCAGAAGCCGAGUUUGCCCUGCAUGAGAAGAUGAUGAAAUUCGACGCGGAACGAGAAAAGGCGCGCAAAGAAUUGGCUGCACUCCAGCUUAACCGCACUGCCGACGAGGUUCGCGAGGAGGGUGUUCUCCUCGAGGAGUUGAAGCGUAUUGUGACGAAUGAGCAAAACUUUAUUGCCGAACGCAAGGAGCUCUACGAAAGACUAGACAUCCCCUACCAUGUCGCCAACACAACCAUGUACCAAUCCAGCCAGGGACUCUCACAGCUUCUGGGAACUCUGAUGCAGGCAGACAAGAGUAAGAAACGGCGGACGAUUCCUGGAAUCGACAACCUGGCAAGUCCCGCUGGUCAAACUCCAACGCAGAGCCUAUCAAACGGAAUGCGUGACAGCCAAGUCGACACCCCCACCACCGCUACAUCAACCAACAAGAAGAUGUCGGCAGCGGCAGCGGCCGCAGCAGCUGCCGCAGCAAGCGCGACUCAACCAGCUGUCAAGACGCUCACCAAGGAAGAGGAAGAGAGAUACGGCAUUCGGCACCACGACCGAGUCACUCCCGGCGUGCAGUUCCGCAACGACAAAGCCGUCAAGCUCACACAGGCAAAAUCCAAUAUCCAAACCCAAAAACUUGGCGCGGCGCUUACAGAGCUCGAUAUCCCCUUGCGGCUGCUCAUGCCUACGGAGAAAGUGUGCAAGGAAUUCGAGAAACUCAUCCACCAAGUAAACUCCCUUCUCGAUGCUCGCAAGGUAUCUGAAAAGGUAGAGGGCGAGAUCCGAGUCCUCGAAGCCGCCCGCGACGAACGACGCAAGAAGGACCAGGAAGCAAACCCAGGCAAAGAAAAGACGAUCAAGGUGGAGUCGGAAGACCAGCCUGGUGUGAGCAGUGGCGGCGGUCAAGCCAACAACAAUAACAACGAGGGAGAAGAAGACGAUAAUAAUUCCGAUAAGGAAGACCAAAGUAAUACUGAAGGGGUCGGCGCUGAUGAUGAUGGGGACGUUGAUGUAGAGGAAGAAAACGCCACCGAGAACAAGGAGAAACAAGCGUCCUCUUCGAACAAAAGGUCCGCGAGUGUCCUUAGUGCUGCCAGUGACAAGAGCUCCAAGAGACAACGAAAGUAG